UAAGGACACGGUUCCUGCACGAGGUUUCAUUCUCACUUUUUAUUUGCAAGUGUGCAUUAGGAGCACAGCUGUCUAAAAUGAGCUAAUUGUCCAAACAGGAUUCUCUUCUUGUGUGUGUUUGCGCUGGAUUUAUAAACUUUCUCAGCAAAUGUUUUCAAGGGGCCCUUUCUCAUGUGCCAAAGACGACAUGAUUUACUUGCUCAGAUGGACUGUUUUCCUGUGGAUCGUAAAUUCCAUUCGUUUGACUUCAGGAAUGACAGUGAAUGAGAGAAUAGAUCAUACCUGUCCGUCGAUAAAGCUGGAAGAAAAAUGGUAUACCAGUGUCAGCAUCCAUAAAGAAUUUACAGGAUUUGAUUUAGCUGAGAAGUUUCUUCUUCGAAAAGGCACAGUGACAGAAAACAGGGCAUUGUUUAAACUGGGGAGUAAAGCUCUUUAUAAAUCCACAGAAUUGGUGUUCCCUGGUGGACUUUCUCACGAGUACUCGAUUAUUACAACCUUCCGGUUAAGAAGAACCACAAAGAGAGAUCGAUGGUUUGUUGUGCAGGUGUUUGAUAAAGACGGAGACACACAGGUGUCAUUAAUAGUAGAUGGGGCUAAAAAGUCUGUGGAGUUUUUAGCUCAAGGUUUUCUGAAGAACAGCCUCCUGUAUGUGUUCAAAAACCGAGACCUGCACGCCCUAUUCGACCGCCAGUUUCACAAGCUGGGUGUUUCUGUUGAGAGUAAUGCGGUUACUGUCUAUCUGGACUGUAAACUGAUCGAGCGUCAGGUGACCGCCGAGAGGGCCGGCAUGGACCUGAGCGGACGCACCUUCAUCACUACACGUGUGGAAGAUGGCCGUCCGGUGGAUAUUGAGCUUCAGGAGAUUCUGAUCUUAUGUGACGCUAGAAUAUCUGACCUGGACAGAUGCUGCGAUUCUCCUGAAGUGACGUGUGAACCCAUAAUAACCCACAAACCAACAGCGGCCCCACUGGUCACCGGAUACUUCCACCGAAUGCUUUCCCUGCCAGCCCAGCAGCCCACAGAUCGAUGCCACUGCCCUUCUCUAAAAGGUUUGAAAGGAGAUCCUGGACCUCAAGGCCCACCCGGUGUUAAAGGUGAUAAAGGUGACCCUGGCACAUCAGGUCUGGGGACUUUCUCGGCUGAAAACCAAGGUCAGAAGGGAGACCAGGGCCUGCAAGGUGUUCCUGGAGAAAAGGGAGAUGCUGGGUUGCCCGGUCAACCAGGAGCAGAAGGAAAGGAAGGCAAACGGGGGCGACGCGGAAAAACUGGAGAACCCGGGACUCCAGGAUCACCGGGUCCUCCUGGAACGUGUGAUGUUAAAGUCAUUAAGGGAGAGAAGGGCGACCCAGGCAUCACAGGAAUGGAGGGGCAAAAGGGCGGAAAAGGAGAUCCUGGUUUGCCUGGUCAGGAUGGAGUCAUGGGAACAAAGGGGCAAAAGGGUGAAGAAGGCCCCCGUGGACCCCCGGGCCCCGUCAUGACAGCACAUGGCCUGAGACUUCUUUCUGGAUCUGGGGAAUCAGGUGAGAAAGGCCAGAAAGGAGAUCAGGGUGAAAGAGGUUUUGAAGGCCCACGAGGACUGAAGGGGGAUACUGGAUUCCCUGGGCCAAGUGGGACACCAGGACCUGAGGGAAAAGUGGGCCCACCUGGUCCCAUUGGACUGCGUGGUCUUCCAGGAGACAUGGGCUCUCCCGGUCAUCCAGGACUACAUGGAAGAGAUGGAAUGAAAGGAGAAAAGGGAGAGGCAGGCGGAGCACCAGGACCGAUUGGACCCCAGGGCCUCAAGGGUGAGCCUGGUGAGCCCUGUACGCCCGGACCCUGCAAUGCGGAGGAUGUCAUCUCUAGCUCGCGCGGGACACGGGGCCCAAAGGGCGAGCGAGGCGUUCCUGGUGUACCCGGAGACCCAGGAGAGAAAGGAGAACCGGGUGUUGGCAUUUCUGGACCCCCUGGUUCGAUGGGACCAAAGGGGGAUACAGGAAUCCAGGGACCUCGUGGACCCCCAGGAGCAGCUGGAAUAGGUGGAAACAUGGGACCACCAGGCCCACAAGGCAGACCAGGACCCCCUGGACCCCCUGGAGAACCGGCAGCGCUGCCCAUUGUAGGAGACAUGGGCACCUUACUGAAGAAUGCUUGCAGUGUAUGCCAGAACAGAUCACCAGGUUUACCAGGGCAGAAAGGAGAAAAAGGAUCACCUGGAAUUCCAGGUAUCCCAGGCAUGGAUGGAGAAAAGGGGGAUCAAGGUCUGCGAGGCCCAGCUGGUAAUCCAGGCAAAGAGGGUCCGAAGGGAGUGAAGGGUGAGAGAGGCUUUCCUGGACCAAUGGGAGACAAGGGUGAUGAGGGAUCCCCUGGUGUUCCAGGAUUGCCCGGAGCCACAGGUCGUAUAGGUGCACCGGGACUUUUAGGCAGACCAGGACCUGUUGGCCCCUCAGGACCAAAGGGAGAACGGGGCAGCGAAGGUCCUCCAGGUCAACCCGGACCUCCCGGACCUCCUGGAGGUCCAUAUACAGAGGGCAAUGGAAUGAGCAGUCUCUAUAAGCUUCAGAAUGGAGGGUCUAGUAUGGGCCAACCAGGACCACCUGGACCUCCGGGGCCAAAAGGAGAUGAAGGAAGGAUGGGUGAGCCCGGGUUGAUGGGAUUACCGGGACUGGAGGGUCUGCCGGGUGCUAAGGGUGAUCCUGGCUUACCUGGUCCUCCUGGGGUUCUUGGUCCUCCUGGAAGGCCCGGCCUGCGCGGUGAUACAGGCGUCCCUGGAGACCCGGGAGAGCGAGGACCUGUGGGAGAGACUGGCUUCCCUGGACCAGAGGGUCCACCUGGAGCUCCUGGAAGGCCGGGAAAAGAUGGAAUUCCAGGCUAUGAGGGAGCCACAGGCAGACCCGGAGACAGAGGAUCUAAAGGAGAACGGGGAGAUCCAGGGAUUUCAGGAGAGAGAGGAGUCCAAGGAGAAAGAGGGAGAAAUGGAGAUAGAGGACCCAUUGGGCCACCCGGACCGAAAGGAGAACCAGGCGAGCCUGCAUCUGCAUCUGCAUCCGGAAGUGUGAGUCUGUUGAGUGAUACAGCUGCCUUGGAGGAAAUUAAAGCCUUCAUCCGAAAUGAAGUAUUGCGCGUGUUUGAAGAGAGGUUUUCAGAGAGCUCCUCCUCUCGGCAGAAAACACCAGCAUCUAUAUUAGCAGCUCAGGGUCGACCGGGCCCUCCCGGGCCGCCCGGUAAUGAUGGCUCCCCUGGACCUCCCGGAGAGCCAGGUCCCCCAGGCCAUCAAGGGUAUCGAGGGCAGAAAGGGGAACGGGGUCAGAUGGGGUUGGGCAUUCCAGGACCACUGGGACCAGCCGGCCCACCAGGUCUUCCUGGAAUGGGCAUCCAGGGGCCUCCUGGUCCCGUAGGACCCCAAGGUCCACAGGGGAAAUGUAACCCCAGUGACUGCCUUCACCCUUUUCCUCAUGGUAGACGAGAGGGAUAGAUGUCCUAAUGGACCAGCUCAUGUACACAAACCUCAGACUCAGCAUUCAAUUCUUGUACAAACAAGUCCGGCUAAGAGAGAAGACACAACCAACUUUUCAUUGAACAUCACCUGUUGUGUGUAUGACAGCCCGCAGAAUAUGCUGAACAUUCAUUUAUCUUUAUUUCACACUUUCAUUUCUCAUAUUUGUGACCAAAUGCAUUCAGCAUUGAUUCAUUUUUUGAUGCUUUGUGGGUAUGAAAGUUGAAAUCAAACUCAAAACAGACAGAUUUAUCUAAAGAGGUCCGACCAGAGCGAGGGCAGGUGGAGCUACAUUUACAUUUGUUGAUUUUCUUCAGACUGAUGUGAAAUUUAGUUUAAAAUUAAAUUAAAUUGUGACGGCACUUUGCAAUCUAAAAUAGAUAAUGAAUCUGUUAACAAAUAUAAUUGAAUGUAAAUAACACAAACAUAACCUUGCAUACUAAUUUAUCUCAUGAAUAUUUAAUUAGACAACAGUUUAGGAAGUCUUUCUCCAGCCCUGCAGAAAAAGAAAUGAAGGGAAUGAAUCAUUGGGCCCUAUUUAAGCGCAUGGCGCAGGUGCACUUCGGGCGUAUUCGAAUCCCCUUUUGCUAGUUUAACGACAGAAACCGGAUGGCGUGCCAGAUGCAUGGUCCAAAAGGAUUCAGCAAACCAAUCAGAAAUUGGAUACGUCAUUCUGAUACAUGCAAAGAUUAUCAUUUAUUUUAUCUUUAUGUACACAAUAAUAAUCUUUUAAUUGUUUAAUAUUUGGCAUGUUUGUGUGCUGUCCCUGUGUGUGUAUUACGCAGUGUAUGCACAUUAUGCACCCACCUAGCACAUAUUACUAAUAAUAAAAAAAACUGUGCUAGACCAGAUUUUAGUUGGUCAAUGGUGCAGUUGUUUAUGCGCCUGAACACAUCUUGUUUUCAGACCAGCACGCCCAUGGGUGAACAGAUGGGUACAAGUGCAUUUGCUCUUUAAACAACGUGGCGCUGGACGUGGAAAUAAUAACUGCAUCGGGCUGAAACUAGCAAGAUAGGGCCCGAUAUGUUCAUUACCUCACACUGAAAAUAAAUGUAUAAUGGAUCGUAUAAAUGGCUGAUCCAUUUAGGCUUUAAAACAUUUUAGCCCAAAAUGAAAACCUAAUAAAAAUAAAUGCAAACCACGUGUAAAUGGGAACGUUUGACCAAACACAACAGGGAAAGAUUUUGGUGAUCUCGAUGUGUUGGCCUACCAUGAAAACUGCUAAUGAAUGAAAUAAGCUUUAAUUGUUUACAGGGAAAUAAAUAAUAACCACUUUUUAAAACACCUUCAUAUUGGUGUUGUAUGUAUAUUUUGUUUAUCCAAAGAUAAAACGGUGUGAAGUGCAUUUCUGUAUAUUUAUCUCUGAGUUCUUUUGCUUUGUAUAAGUGAUGUCCUUCUGUGUUACUUGAAUAUUUGAGAUUUUUAUACGAUUCAUUCAACAAUGUCAUAUUCACAAUUUAGCAAGAGAAAGCAUUAAAUACUUGUAUAAUUGUUUACAUUACACAAACACUAAAAGAUGCUGGGUUGUUUAACCCAUGAUUGGGUUAAAUUGGGACAAACCCAGCUGUUGAGGAAAAUGUCCAUAUUUGAUCCAACUAUGAGUUAAAGUAAUCCAGCAUUUUUCAUAAAGUGCAGGCAGCAGGUGAUUUAAGACCAGAUUUCUUUUGUACAGCAGAUCUUUAUUUGUUUGUAGUUUUACAGAGCUUUGUGUGUUUGAUUGAAUUUAUUUUAUUUCUUCUGUAAAGCGCCUGUUUAAAGGAUAUCUUUAAAAUAAUGAUCUAGAGAUAGCAGGGAGCCUUUUGACUUUACUCAUUUAAUGACUGUUGUUAUGUUAUGAUGUGCACGACACAUACAGUACUGAUUUCUUUCUUGUUUGUAGUCAUCUUCUUUUUUUUUAUAAGGCUUUAUUUUCCCUGACAUCUUUUUAGAUUUAUUUUGGCUUCCUUCCUUCCUUUGCUUUUCUUUACUUCAUUUACUUUACUUUUUUGGUCUUUUAUUCUUUAAUUUUCUUCCUUUUUUGCUUUUAUUACAUUUUUCUUCUUUGUUCCAUUUUUUGCGGUUUUAUUUAUAUUUAAUUUUUAUUCAUGUAUCAUAUUUAGAUUUUUAUCUUUAUGCAUAAUAUACUAGAUACUGUAAACCUCUCUUGAGAGUUGAGAGAUUGAUUGUUCAGGUCAUGUAUAGGAUACCUGUAGAGAUCCCAGUAAACAUCUCAUAGGCUGUUUACACCAGGUAUUAAAAUGCGUUUUAAUCGAUGGGAUCACAAGUGGAUGACGCUACAGGUGUUAAAGGGGUGUGAAACAUUUUGAGCUUUCAACCACAUUUAAAGGUACUCGAAAAUGCAUUUGACCAGAUCGAUUUUGUGGUUUAGACGCUCACAAAAGACUGCUCUUCACCUAUUGAUCUAAAGUGUGAUAAACCGAGCAAAAUGUUUUAACAUCGGCCCUGACUUCUAGCUCGAACCCACAGUUUUCAGCGCGAUCUUUAAGCGUUCAUUGAUAAAACUGAAGUGGAUGCUCGCCGCCUCUUUCAUUUUUGUUUCAUUUUUUAAGUGUGUGGAAGUUGCAUGAGUUUAUUUCAUCAAUUGCUCUUAAAUAUCAGAGAAAGCUCUUACAUAUGUAAGGGAUAAUCCACGGCCAGCCAUGCAUUAAAGGGUUUUAAUGCACGACGU